AUGCUGCCUCCUUAUGGGAACUGGUUAGGCUACAAGAUUUACAAAGUGCUCACUGUUGGUAUGCUUCUGAGAUGGAUCCUAUGCACAUCAGUGCAGUUUACUUUUGGCCGAAGGUUUUAUGUGGGAGCAUAUCAUGCAUUGAGAAGGAGAUAUGCUAAUAUGGAUGUUCUGGUUGCACUAGGCACCAAUGCUGCUUAUUUCUACUAUGUAUAUACGGUGAUAAAAGCAUCCACUUCUGACAGAUUUGAAGGGCAGGAUUUCUUUGAAACUAGUGCCAUGUUGAUAUCCUUGAUUCUGUUAGGGAAAUAUCUGGAGGUUGUGGCUAAAGGAAAAACAUCAAAUGCUAUUGCAAAUCCUCUUGGAAAAGCUUAG